GAGGAGCUCUCCCCCUCCGCCAUGGCGUCUUCUUUGGCCGAUGUGAGCUGGAAAAUGCUGGAGCUGAGGGCCCGCAGCAAGCGCUCAGUUUAGCCUGAAACGUUUGUGAUAAGGUGCAACAGCUUGAAAUGGCCGGUUUGGAUGCUGACAGAGCCGCCUCUGCUCGUGCUUACUCCUGGUUUGAUGUCAGAUUUCCUGGCUCUGUAUAUGAACCUCUCAAAAGCAUCAAUCUACCAAGGGAUGGAGAAAGUCUGUGGGAUAGACUAGAUCAUUACUACCGAAUAGUUAAAUCGACAGUAUUGCUUUUCCAAAGCCCAACCACUGGUCUUUUCCCCACAAAAACCUUUGGUGAAAACCAGAAGGCCAAAGUGCAUGACAGCCUUUACUGUGCUGCUGCUGCCUGGGCGCUGGCACUUGCCUACAGGCGCAUUGAUGAUGACAAGGGAAGGACCCAUGAGCUGGAGCAUUCUGCCAUAAAAUGCAUGCGAGGAAUUCUCUACUGCUACAUGCGCCAGGCUGAUAAGGUUCAGCAAUAUAAGCAAGACCCCAAGCCAUCCAAAUGCCUACAUUCGGUUUUCAGCGCCCACACAGGGGACGAGGCCUUUUCACAUCAGGAAUAUGGACAUCUUCAGAUAAAUGCUGUGUCGUUGUUCCUCCUCUACCUGGUUGAGAUGAUAUCAUCUGGUCUGCAGAUUAUCUACAAUACAGAUGAGGUGUCCUUCAUACAGAACCUUGUAUUUUGUGUUGAAAGAGCUUAUCGGGUGCCAGAUUUUGGUGUGUGGGAAAGAGGAAGCAAAUACAACAAUGGAAGCACUGAACUGCAUUCCAGUUCUGUUGGAUUAGCAAAAGCAGCCCUAGAAGCAAUUAAUGGAUUCAACCUCUUCGGCAAUCAGGGUUGUUCAUGGUCUGUCAUAUUUGUAGACCUCGAUGCCCACAAUCGGAACAGGCAGACGCUUUUUUCCUUGCUCCCUCGAGAAUCAAGAUCUCAUAACACCGAUGCUGCUCUCCUGCCUUGUAUUAGCUAUCCUGCAUUUGCUGUGGAUGAUGAAGCCUUGUAUAGCCAAACGAUUGACAAAGUGGUUAGAAAGCUGAAAGGCAAAUACGGAUUCAAACGAUUUUUGAGAGAUGGCUAUAGGACUGCAUUGGAGGACAAAAAUCGACAGUACUACAAACCAGCAGAAAUUAAGCUCUUCGAUGGAAUUGAGUGUGAAUUUCCUCUAUUUUUCAUUUUCAUGAUGAUUGAUGGUGUCUUCAGAGGCAACACUGAACAAGUCAAAGAAUAUCAGGAGCUACUGGAUCCCAUACUGCAGCAAUCGGCAGAAGGCUAUCCUGUUGUGCCAAAAUAUUAUUAUGUGCCAGCUGAUUUUGUUGAGCUGGAAAAGAAGAACCCUGGCAGUCAGAAACGAUUUCCUAGCAAUCACGGACGCGAUGGAAAGUUCUUUCUGUGGGGACAAUCCCUUUAUAUUAUUGCAAAACUUCUUGCUGAUGGUUUAGUCAGCAUCAAAGAUAUUGACCCUGUGAAGCGCUACAUCCCUCCCCAGGAUCAGCGGAAUGUGAGCAUGAGAUAUUCAAAUCAGGGUCCACUGGAAAAUGACCUAGUGGUCCAUGUUGCAUUGAUUGCUGAAAGCCAACGUCUACAAGUUUUCCUGAACACAUAUGGAAUCCAAACCCAGACACCCCAGCAGGUCGAACCCAUCCAGAUCUGGGCCCAGCAGGAGCUCGUCAAAGCUUACUUCCAUCUUGGGAUCAAUGACAAACUGGGACUCUCAGGAAGACCUGACCGACCAAUUGGAUGCCUCGGAACAUCAAAGAUUUAUCGAAUAUUGGGCAAAACAGUGGUUUGCUACCCAAUUAUCUUUGAUCUGAGUGAUUUCUACAUGUCCCAAGAUGUUAUGAUGCUGAUCGAUGAUAUUAAGAACACUUUGCAAUUCAUUAAACAGUACUGGAAAAUGCAUGGCCGCCCCUUGUUUCUUGUGCUGAUUCGGGAAGAUAAUAUCAGGGGAAGCAGAUUCAACCCAAUACUUGACAUGCUUGCCGAUUUCAGGAAAGGUGUGGUUGGGGGAGUGAAAGUUCACGUGGACAGGCUGCAGACAUUGAUUUCGGAUGCAGUGGUUGAUCAGCUGGACUUCUUAAGAAUCACUGAAACAGAAGAGCCUCCAGAAUUUAAGAGUUUUGAGGAGCUCGACCUUCCCAAACACUCAAAAGUCAAGAGGCAAACCAGCACACCAAAUGUAACUGAAUUAGAACAACAGCCGGAUAUCUGCGCAAACGAUUGGAAAAACAGGCCGACUUAUGAGAUUCUCCAGAAACUAAAUGACUGCAAUUGCCUUGCGAGCCAAGCGAUUCUGCUGAACAUUUUACUCAAAAGGGAAGGCCCCCAUUUCAUCACCAAGGAAGGUACCGUCUCCGAUCAUAUUGAAAGAAUAUAUCGAAAAGCUGGCAGCAAAAAGCUCUGGUCUGUUGUACGCUUCGCAGCGAGUCAUUUAUGUAAACUAGUGGACAGCCUUGCACCGUCUAUUACUAAUGUUUUAGUUCAGGGCAAACAGGUGACUCUUGGGGCAUUUGGCCAGGAAGAAGAAAUUAUAUCUAAUCCUGUGUCUCCCGGCGCAAUUAAGGACAUCAUCUACAACAAGUGCAACUUGCAGGAUGAGAGGGAAGCUGUUCUCCAGCAAGAGCUUGUCAUUCAUAUUGGCUGGAUCAUCUCCAACUCCCCUGAAUUAUUUAAUGGCAUGCUGAAGAUACGAGUAGGAUGGAUUGUGCACGCCAUGAAGUACGAACUGCAGAUCCGCGCAGGGGAGAUGCCCCCCACGGAUUUAUACCAGCUGUCUCCCAGUGAGGUGAAGCAGCUUCUCUUGGAUAUUCUUCAGCCGCAGCAGCAUGGAAGAUGCUGGUUGAACAGGCGUCAGAUUGAUGGCUCCCUGAACCGAACACCAAGUGGAUUCUAUGACCGAGUGUGGCAGAUCUUGGAGAGGACCCCCAAUGGUUUAAUAGUCGCUGGGAAUUAUUUGCCCCAGCAACCAACCUUGUCCGACAUGACGAUGUAUGAAAUGAACUUUUCUCUCCUGGUUGAGGACAUGUUAAAGAAUAUCGAUCAGCCCGAAUACAGGCAAAUCAUUGUAGAGCUGUUGAUGGUUGUCUCCCUCAUUCUGGAAAGAAACCCUGAAUUAGAGUUUCAGGAUAAAGUGGAUCUGGAUAAGCUGGUGAAAGAAGCCUUUCGUGAUUUCCAGAAGGACCAGAGCCAGCUCAAAGGCACUGAGAAACAAGAUGACAUGACUUCCUUUUACAACACGGCUCCGCUGGGAAAAAGGGGAACCUGCAGCUAUUUAACAAAAGUGGUGAUGAAUUUAUUGCUGGAAGGUGAAGUCAAGCCCAACGCAGACGACCCUUGUUCGAUCAGUUAAAGGAAGUCGAGCCAAAUGGCUUCGGUUAAAGUAGUAUUUGCUCAGUUUCGGAAUCGCUUAGCUUGUUAUUCAAUGAGUUUGUUUGCUCGCUGUUUAAUUUCUCAUUGGAAAUUUCAGGAGACUGUUUACUAGGGCUGGGCAACCACGGAAAAAUUUGUUUCUAAACUCGAUUCGUUUUUUGGGGUUUUUUGCGUUUCGAUAUUUAAAAGAAUUCCGAAAUUUUUCUUUAAAAAAGUUCGAUAUUUACGAAAUUUCGUAAAAUUGCGAAACAAUACGAAACGAAUACGAAUCGAUUCGUUAAUGGUGGACGCGACCGCGCAAUACGCUAAAAAACCUCCAAAUGGGACAGGGGGAACUUCUGAAGCUUCCCUCUCCCUCUGUUGUUGACUGUUGGUGUGAUAUUUAUAAUUUUUUUCACUGAUUAAACAAACAACAGCUAUAAAACUUGCCCCAGACAUGCGGAAAUAAUAACGAAACAAUUUCGAAAAGAUUUUGAAACAAAUACGAAACGAAUACGAAGCAAUUGAAAAAUUCGUUUCGUUUUUUAGAUGCUCCUGAAUGGUUCGUUAUCGCUUCGUAACCAAAAAAAAAAAAACGAAUUUUUAACAAAUUACGAAACGAAACCGCCCAGCCCUACUGUUUACACUAUGUUUGCAGUGCUCACAUGCUUAGGAUAGCAAGCCACACACCUGAUUCUGUGGCAAAUUUAGUCCAGGAAUGUUCUCCCUCCAUAUCUCUCUAAUAUCUCCAACCUUCUGCACUUUCCCACCCAAGCCCUGUGGUCACACGUUGGCUGAGCAAAUGCAUGAAAUGCAAUAUAUAUAUAUAUCAUUCAUAUGAUUGAGACUCCAGAUAGUUACGGAAAAAUUAAUAGGGUUUGUAUUUAUAAUUUAAUCAUUGCCCGGGAAUGAUUGGAGUGAUAUAUUUAUAUAUGUAAUUGUGAAUUAAAUGCGCAUUGUAGCAUCUAUCAACUCUACGCCUUUCCUUUUGCAUUGUGACUCAUUAUUGAAAGGCAUCGUCAUGAAUACUGAAUGGGACUCGGGCGUGAAUGUAAAAAGAAUUAAUGAGCCCCGUGUUUGAAGUCGAGGUAUUUGUUAACUUUGAGGAGAUAACUGUCGCUUUGGGUUUGAGUGCUCCAUUGAAGCUUAAGGGGAAAAUAAAAAAUGCUGCACUAAAUCUA